CUUGACUCCUCCUAACGACUGUUACUGCCACACCCUGCCCCAUUAUGACGACCUCCAACGAACAACAAUCCAGUCUCCCCUACCAUGGCUCCUGUCACUGCGGGUUUAUCCGGUAUAUCGCGGUCAUUCCGAUGCCACCAGCAGUAGCCCUCAGACCAGACGCGGUGCAGGGACCUCGUCUCCGAUUCUACAAGUGCAAUUGUACGACCUGUCAAAAAAUGGGAUUAUUCCAUAUGCGACUGCCAGACGCGCCGAACCAAUUCUUUUUACUCUCCCCGCUGGAUCACGAUACUCUGGCUAAUUAUAAAUGCCAGAAUGGUCACAUCAACUGGUUCUUUUGUCCGACGUGCGGCGUACGAUGUUUCGCGACCGUACCUCACUGGAAACAAGACCAGAUCGAUAUCGAAAAGAUUUCGGCAGCGGUUCCCAGUCAUGAUGGCAAGCCGGAUCUACCGGGGAUAGAGAAAUCGUCAAAGACGAUCACCGCUUGGCGAAUGGAUCCUGAUACCUUCAAGGAGGAUGUGACUGGGUAUCUAUCGAUCAAUGCCCUUACCAUCGAUCAAGACCAGGCUCAUGGGACGAACCUUGAUCUACGCCAGCUUGUGGACAACAAAUGGGUCGAGUAUUCAGACUGGAAUGCUAAACAACAUGAGCUUCGGUAUGAUUAUCCUCAUGACAAGGGGACUUGGUAGAGGUUCCGGCUAGCAUGUAUGUCCUAUUUGAAUCGCAAAUUUGAGUCCAGAUCGAGUGUUGCCUUCAUAUCCAGGACAAUACACGACUAGUUCUGAGAUUUAUCGAAGUUUGUGAGUUUCCAUUCUGGUGGAGGGGGGAUUGGGAGGAAGAUUGUUAGUGUGUGUGAAUUAUUGGCUGAAUUCGAUAUCGAGGUAUUAUUUGGGAGGGAUGUGGACGAUAAAGUAACAAAAUCAUUGACCUAUUCCUGAAAGAACAAUAAACAAAGUAGCAUGGAUAAAUUACACCGCGGGGUUAACUAUAGAUAUGUAGAAUGAAUAUGA